CGGGUGCAGGUUGGAAGGCGUGCUGCGUCAUUUUUUACUGAUCCGUCCCGCAUUGCCAAUGCUCGUCCCGGUGGAGGAGUGCACUUUGAAUUCCACACAGUGUGGAUCCUGUGGCAAUUAACGCGAGGCACUUCUACCAUCUGAUUCAUCAGCUGUCUCAUAUAAGGACCGGCUACAUGCUAGUGUAACAUUGAACAAACAGUCUCCAACCCGUGCAUUAUGUUUCGCUUGUGGUGCUGGAUUGGUUUCAUAAGUACAUUUGGGAUUUGUUCCGUAUCAGCUGUGAACCUGGAAACAAUGUCGAUUGAGGGCGAUGUAUUUGUAGACAAGAAACGUGCCACCUUCACUCCAUUACAACGGACACCAGGAUCGGAGGACUACAUCAAACUGAACGAAACCCUUUGUGAACGAAGUAAACGGAUUUUCAACUCCUCCGAUUCGAAGGUUUAUGACAAUUGGUUAUCGUGCCAAGUCAACAUUAUUGAUGCUCAAACGGCUAAAAUGUUAGUCACAUUUGAUGUGGACGGAUUGAAAGAGAGUGGUGUGAAAUACGACACACCUGAAUUUACCGAGAGGAUAGUAAAGGCUCUGAGAAAUGCAAGCGAACCCACGGAAACGACGGUGUAUUAUUACCAUGGAAACAUCAGAGCACGCAGUUCCGCUGUCAUUGUCACUCCACCUAUCUUCGGAGGGCUUAUUAUUUGCCUCAUAUAUAUCCUUGGUCCUACACGGUGAGAUCUGGAAACUGUAAUUCCAUGACACCUUCACCUACGGUUUGUUUGAGCUAUGAGAAUAAAUCGGAUUAAGCAC